CGGCCCUCAUUCCGGUGACCAUUCACAGGGAGAAGGUGAAUCCAGCGUCGAAGGGGGACUACUCUGCUGGCAACCUGGUCGACGAGCAUCACCAACGCCCAUAAAGUAGCGACAUCCAGGAAAUACAGCCCGCUGCAUCCGCCCGGCUCAGUCGCUCCAGUGGUCGUGAUUUUGGAGUGAAGCCCAUCGCGUCCCGUUAUCAGCUGCACUCCUCUGAUGCGCUGCAUCAACUGUAGAAGUUAGCUGCUCCUUUGACACCGUGCUAGCUCGCGCUCCCUCUGACACCACGCCGACUGCGACUGUUUGGACUUGUCUGACGGGAGAGGAAACAUGGCAACCCAAAUCGAUAAGGAGGCUUGCAGAGAGGCUUACAACCAGGUCCGGGACGAUAACACGGACGUCAAUUGGGCCGUGUUUAAGUACGAGGGCGCCAUGAUCCUGCCCGCAGGACAAGGGGCGGACUACGAGGACUUCAAGAGCAUGUGCACAGAUGACGCCCGUCUGUUCGCCUUCGUCCGGAUCACGAUGGGGGACGCCAUGAGCAAGCGGGCCAAGUUCACCCUCAUCACCUGGAUCGGGGAGAACAUCAGCGGGCUGCAGCGCGCCAAGAUCAGCACCGACAAGGCGCUGGUCAAGGAGAUUGUGCAGAACUUUGCCAAGGAGUUCAUGUUCAGUGACCUGAGGGAACUGGAUGCGGACAACAUCCGCACAGAGCUGAAGAAGGCUGGCGGAGCCAACUAUGACGCUCAGGCCGAGUAGAGAAGCCCCAUGGUCCACUGGAAGUGUCGGGGUUGGGGUUUGUGGGGCGGGGGGUGGAGGGUGUGGUCAGGGUGGGGUAAAUGGGGGUGGAGGGGGGUUGGGGCAGGGCCGCUACCUCUUGGGGAGAGGGUGAGACGGGAUGGAGAGGGCUCUUGAGGAAAGGGAAAAGCACGCACAAACCGAUCUGAGGUGCACCAGCAGCAUCCUUAGGACGUCUUUCUAAUACUAACCAAACACGUUCAUGCUGCCUAAUGUCAGCUUAUUAGAAAACAGCAUUCUCUCUUUUUUCCCCCACUAAUUUAACAACUUAUUAAUUUACUCCCAACCACAGCUUCAGAACACAUUAGUGGGACUGUGGCUACUGAGUGUAUUGGCACAGUUCAGAUGCUGUUGGUGCACCUCCAAAUGAUAAGAGGUAGGGCGUUUACCUACUGGACUUUAACAGUGUGGUGUUAGGGGUCCUAUCUUGGAUAUGUAAAAGGUACUUCCACAGCACAUCUGGGGGCAGAUCAGGGCCCCAUUGUCCCCAGGCAGACACUGGAAUAUCUUACUUGAGUUUUUGCACACGUGAUCAGCGACACGUAAAUAGAGGUGCAAUUGAACUCGUUUUGCACAAUGUGAUUGGUUUGUUUGCUCAGCUCAGAAAAAUCAAACUUGUCUCGGGGGGGAAAAAUAAAUAUGACCCUUAUUUUAGGCACCCAUGACGAAAACAACAACGCAGAAAAUAUAUAUUGACACGUGAAAGAUGCCCCUCACUGUGGAAAACCCUGAAGAUGGGAGGCUCGAUGGCACUUUCUGGUCUGUGUGGUGAAUGAAUAUCUGGUGAUUAGCAGCGGCUUAGCUUAGCAUAACGAAACAGGGAAAUGUCCUGAGGUAACUGAACCUGCUUACGAGCUCCUCUAAAGCUAAUUAACACAUUUUCUGUCCGUACUAAAACUGACAGUCACUGUUCAUGGCUGAGAAACAUUCCGGCGGCGAAUUGCCAUUUUUACACUUUGGUUUUUGUACCAAUUAAACAAAUCCGAUACAAUAUAUAAAUGAAUGAGCAUGAGAGGUGUUGGUAUUCUUUUUCCCCCUGUUUUUUGGUCCGAGCCAUACAAGCUCCUUCCCCCUAUUUUCAGUCUUUGUGCUAAGCUAACUAGCUGCUAGCUGGAGCUUCGUGUUGAACGGACAGAUAGGACAGUGGUAUCUACCUUCCCAUCUACCCACAAAGAAAUAACAAGAAAGCAAAUGAGCCAAUUUUCCCAAAAGCUGUUCCUUUUGGCGGCGGCUAUCUGACGGGUCCACGCUGACAUGUUGCACUCAUUGCUGAGGAUUCGCUCCGCCUCUCUAAUGUGUCAUUAAAAAGCAAGUGGAUAGCCUCAAACUGGCCUCCCUCCACUCCCAGCCUCCGCCCCCUCUCCCCAGUCAGCCCAUGGUUGGUUAUCUACUGUGCUGUGCAUCACCAUCUCACUCAUCCUCAUCUCAGCUGGGCUGCAGUUGAGCAACAGGAAGUUGCAUUAAUGAGGCUUCAGCGCUGUUUGCUGCGGAACGAUUUCAUGUAACAAGGAUGAGUCCGUUGACGAGGACCGAGGUCUCCUUCUGGAAGGAAGCUCUUUACUGGCAGGCAUGUGUUUGACAGCGGAGCCUGCUCUUAGUCAUGAUACACUGUACCUCCAGGAGGAAAAGAUCUCCACUCUCUCACAAUAUCCUUGGCGAUGGUCGGCGGCUGCUUUGAGUAAGUAAUCCUGCGUCAUGCCGCUAAGUACACGUUUAGCUAGCACUUCAUCUCAAGCCAGACAGCUGUGUUUGGAUUGCAGCCUCAGUCAACCAUCACGGACUGUAAUUCUCCCUCCUGUCUUCCUACUUGUGCUUAGUGCUGUGAAUCCCUAACCCUAACCCACUAGUCCAAUUGUGUCUUUUCUUUUUUCGUGAGUGAUCAUUUCCGGACCUAAUUUUGAUCUAUAUCCUAAUUUUGCACUUUUUACUGUCUCGUUCCAGUUUGUUAGAUGCGAUCAAUGUUUGCUGGGGCAGAAUUAGUAGAAGAGGCUUUCGGCCUGUAGAUAUUAUGCCCUAUGAAUACAGAGAAACCUCUAAUAUAUUGAGCAGCCGUUCUAGUCGAGUAUUGAAUGUUUUCCCCAAAUCUCAAAGGAUUCCCAGAAUGGAGAUCUUUUCCUCCGGUGUUUCAUCUCACGCUCUACCACUCAAAGGUGUCCAUGCCUACUGUAACAUACUGUGUUUGACUGCCUUAGCCUCCCAGGGAGAGAGGGGCAUCAUGGGAGCUUGUAAACUCUACACUGUGAUUGGCUGUCUUCCUCACAUGGGGGCGGGACUUUGAUCAGCACAUGGCUCAUCACGACAUGGGCCUGGUCUCAUUGUCCCGACCCAGGAGGAGCCAUUUCUCGGUUGUAGCAUCUCUUGUUAAUUUGGUUUCAACCCUCUCUUCUCUACCCCCCACCCCCCCCUCAUCCCCUGCAAAAAAAAGUAAAUGGAUGUUUUUCUUGAACCUUUUUUUUGUUUGUUUUUUGUUUUUGAGAUUAAUUAUAUUUUCUCUAAAGUGUUUUACCUUUUUGAUUUGAUUUUUAAAAGCAUUGUUAUUGAUCAUUGGCAGAAGAGAUUUUCAAAAAAAUAAAUAAUGUUUCAAAAAAAA